AUGUUGCAGUUCAUCCGCAAGGAAGUUCAUGAUCAUGUAUCGGAACGUAGGAUUCAACGGACGCGACUUGUGACCAAGGACGGUCACUGUAACAUUGAAUUUGGCAAUGUUGCGUAUCACAGCCAUUUUGCUUACCUGAUGGACUUUUGGACCACCUUUGUUGAGAUCAGAUGGCGUUUUGUUAUACUUUCUUUUGUCGCUGCUUUCACAGGGAGCUGGUUUGUCUUCGGCCUGUUGUGGUACCUUAUUGCAAAAAGCAACGGGGACCUAGAGGGAGAAAACCUUCCAGAUGGCCAUUUAAAGUGUAUUGAAAACAUAAAUGGUCUCACAAGUGCCUUUCUUUAUUCCUUAGAGACACAGACGACCAUUGGAUAUGGAGGACGAGCUUUGACAGGUCACUGUGCCGAGACUGUAGCCCUUCUCGUCAUCCAGUCUCUAGUGGGUGCCAUUAUAAACUGCUUCAUGUGCGGCCUGAUUCUGGCCAAAAUCUCCCUACCGAAAAACCGAGCCAAGACCGUUACCUUUAGUGACACGGCUGUGAUCUGUUUGAAAAACGAAAGUAUGUGCUUGCAGAUACGAGUUGCUAACCUUCGGAAGACGCUGCUCAUUGGCAGCCAUAUUUACGGCAAGCUUUUGAAAACCAGCGUCACCCCAGAUGGAGAACCUGUCAUUCUGGACCAGAUUAAUGUUGACUUCAUGGUGGAUGCUGGUAAGGACAACCUCUUCUUCGUUUGUCCGCUGACGCUGUGCCAUGUAAUUGACAGUUCUAGUCCUUUUUCAGAGAUGACUGCUGAUACUCUUCAGCAGCAGGACAUUGAGCUGGUGGUCUUUUUGGAAGGCAUGGCUGAAUCCACAAGCUCCUCAUGCCAGGUUCGCACGUCCUACAUCCCAUGUGAGAUCCAGUGGGGUUACUGCUUCCUGCCCAUCAUCUCCCGAACCAAAGGGGGCAAAUACCAUGUUGACUUUUCUAAUUUCUCCAAAACCGUUCCAGUAGCCACACCUCACUGCUCCAGCUGCUAUCUAAAUGAACUCAACAGAGAACUUCACCAGCAUGGACAGCAAGGCUUCGACAACCCUGGGUUUGAGGUAGUAACUACAGAAGAUUUGAUGGCCAAUGCGCAAAUGUAG